CAACCCACCAGUAGCUAAUCAACUAAACAACUACCAUCCACACCCAACAUGACUCACUCCACCACCACCAUAUCAUCCCUCCUCUCCUCCCACCCCCUAGACCUCACCCCCUACGAAACCCUCUACAAACACUUCCACGCGCACCCCGAACUCUCUAGACAAGAGAAACAGACCUCAGAAAAACUCGCCGCGCAUCUCACCCAACUCGGUGUCUUCGACAUCCACACCCACAUCGGCGGGUACGGUCUCGCCGGCGUCUUCCGCAAUGUCACGGACGAAUCCAAAAACAACCAAACCGUCCUGCUCCGCGCAGACAUGGACGCCCUCCCCGUCAAGGAACUAACCAACCUGCCCUACGCCAGCACCAUCACCAUGCGCGACACAGACGGCAACGACCGACCCGUCAUGCACGCCUGCGGACACGACAUGCACAUCACCUGUCUCCUCGCGGCAGCCGAAACCCUCGUCAAACUGCGGCAUGCAUGGAGCGGGACGCUCAUCGUGCUAUUCCAGCCGGACGAAGAGCGCGGGGGCGGCGCACAAGCCAUGGUCGACGACGGGCUUUACUCGCGCAUCCCCGUGCCGGACGUAGUUCUUGGCCAACAUGUCAUGCGCAUGCGGGCGGGGAGUGUCGCGUCCCGCGAGGGGGCGAUUAUGGCGGCGGCGGAUAGUAUGAAGAUUACGGUGUUUGGGAGGGGUGGACAUGGGUCGCAGCCGCAUCAGACGGUGGAUCCGGUGUUGCUUGCGGCGCAUAUUGUGGUGAGGUUGCAGAGUAUCGUGAGUCGGGAGAUUAAUCCGGCGGAUUUGGCGGUGUUGACGGUGGGGAGUUUGCAGGCGGGUCAGACGGAGAAUAUUAUUGCGGAUCGGGCGGAGAUUGGGGUGGAUUUUAGGUCUGUGAGGUUGGAGGUUAGGGAGCAGAUUAUUGAGGGCAUUAAGAGGAUUGUGCAGGCCGAGUGUCUGGCUAGUGGUUCGCCGGUGUCGCCGGUGUUUACCCCGACGAGGAGGUUUCCGCCUACGGUUAAUGAUGGGGAUGUGGCUAGGAGGGUUGCGGAGACGUUUGCGGGGCAUUUUAAGGAUUUUGAUCCUGAUGUGGCCAGGACUAAUAUCGCCGAGGACUUUAGUACCCUUGCUACUUGUCGGGGUAUUCCGAGCUGUUUUUGGUUGCUUGGGGGUGUGGAUCAGGAGGUUUGGGAUAGGGCUGAGAGGGAGGGCAAGGUUGAGGAAAUUCCGGGGAAUCAUUCGGCCCUGUUUGCGCCGGUGGUGCAGCCGACGUUGAGGACGGGUGUGGAUGCGUUGUGUUUGGCUGCGUUGACGUUUUUGAGGAAGUGAUCUGCUGCAUUGGUGUAGAUGGGGUGGUUACCACGGUUAUAGAGGAUAGAUGAAACUAUCGACUUAGUAGGCGGAUAGAGUCUAAUUGCUCUGUAGAAAGGGAGGGGAUCUCUUCCUGGAGAGGAUAGUAGACAAAAUGAGUCAUUCAAGCAGAAGCAAG